CUGAGUUAGCAAACGUGAGGACAGUUGAAGCGUUGUCAGCCAUCUUGGAGCCGGGAGGACGGCUACUCCGCUAAUUUUUCCUCUCUUUUUAAAAACGUCAAUUAGAGGCUGGUGAGACAUAGUUAUCCAUUAGGACGGUGAACCGGGAGGCUUGACGUUAUUAGUGUGACUGUUUCUGUCUGCGAGGAAGAACACCGGCCCAGCUCAUCAUUGUAAAACAUAACGAGGCGGAGGGCGCUGACAUCAUGGUGCAGUCCUGUUCUGCUUACGGCUGCAAAAACCGAUAUGACAAGGAUAGACCCGUCUCGUUUCACAAAUUUCCCUUAACUCGACCACUUCUUUGUAAGAAAUGGGAGGCUGCGGUCAGAAGGGCUGACUUUAAACCAACCAAGUACAGUAGCAUCUGUUCUGACCACUUUACACCUGACUGCUUUAAGAGAGCCUGUAAUAAUAAACUACUCAAGGAUAAUGCUGUCCCAACGGUGUUCUCUUACACAGAUAUCAAGCCAGUGGCGAGCACUAAUGAUGUUAAAAAAGAGGACCAAAGUGCACCUGUCCCGGCCGUUCCAGAAAUAGACCCUGCUAUUGGUUUGCUGCUGCCUCCUCCAUAUACUCCUAGUCAUAUAGCAGUGAUAUGUGACCACAACUACACAGUAGAAGAUACUGUCCAGCAGAGGAGGAGAAUACAACAGCUGGAAGAACAGGUUAAUAAGCUAAGAAAAAAGCUUAGAAUUGCAAACCAGAGGUGCCGAAGACAAGAGCGCAAUCUGGAAAAACUGGAAAAAGAAGUGUUAGAUUAUAAAAAUGGACCCGGCUUUGUGAUCCUCCCCAGCAACUAUUUUGAAGUGUACAAUGCGAGUGAAAGAACCGAGACUCCCACAAUUAUAAAUAUCUAAUCCUGGAGGUAAUUGAAUUGACCACCGUUAAAGAGGACCUGUCACCCCUCCAGACAUUUCUGUUUUAGGAACUACUUGCUUUUCCUAUGUAGCAACAUUUCUGGAACAUCUAUUCCUAUACCUAUAUGUCGUGCUGUUACUCUGUUAUUCCUACUAGAGUUUUGUGAAUGAAUUGCCUCCGCCUGCAAUAAAGGUCCAACUGGGUCUUACCAGUUGAAGGUGUGUCUUCCACUAUUUAAUCAGUGCUGGCAGUGCCAGAUCAUCCAGGGCACACCCCCAAUUAUUAAUACCUAGAUGGACCUUUAUUGCAGACUGCUGGCAAUUAAUUUGUAACUUCUAGUAGGAGUAAUCGAGGAAAAGCAGUCCUAAGAAUAGAAGCUCCAGAAGACUUAUUUCAUGUGGGAUGCAAAUAGUUAUUAAAACAGACAUAUAUAAGGAGAGCUGACAGGUCCUCUUAAAGAGGACCUUUCAUGGUUUUGUGUUCAUUUAGAUAAAUACCUUUACUUGC